AUGUUUCGAUAUCAUUCAGAUUCCGAAAGCGAGAGAUCUUCACAGCAUGAUGAGAACCGCCCUUCUGCACCGAGCCCCCGAGCACCCUCAGACUCUGGAAGUGCGGCGUCUCUACAGCAUGCUGGGGAUGUCCCGCCAGAACCGACCCGACCACCACCGAGCCCGCCAGUAUCGAGCUCUGGCGGGUCUGUUGGUCCGGAUGAAGAUUUUAACAAUGUAGAGGACUCGGUGCAUGAAAGAGAGAGCGGUGGGGUACUGCCUCAGGAGAACAGUGAGAUACUGCCUCAGGAGAGCGGUGAGGUGCGAUCUCAAGAGGACAGCGGAGUAUGGUCUCAAGGGGGUAGCGACGUGCGAUCCCAAGAAAGCAGUGAAGUACGGUCUCUGGAGAGCAAUGAAGCACAGUCUCGAGACGGAACUACCUCCACCAGCAGCGGAAGCGGUGAGAGCAGCAUUAACGAAAGCAACGAGACCAGCACCAGCGAUCCCGACCAUGAAAACCCGUCGGACGCCAAAAACAGCACCAGAUGCCGCGCGCUCGCACGCACCCUCCACGCCAAAAUAUGCGCCCUACAAUGGACCGAGACCAAUAUCCCUCCGACCCUUGUGAAAUCUGGGGUCCUAAUCCGCAAACGCGCGCGCUCCUACGCCGUCGAGCCGAAAACCACAGACCCGCGUCUCGUCGCCGCCGUCGCGAACAUCAACGCCGCCGUCGCCAUCGCACUGUCCACGGCCGACCUGGACCCCGUGCUCGACACUGUCUGCGACGGCGAGCCGCUGGCGUUCCGCGAUGGCGCGCAGAUCCAGGUCUAUGCGUCGCUGGAGGCGGUGGCGGGCGCGGCGGGCAUCAAGAGAUCGCAGUGUGCGGCGCUGGUGUGCAAGGAGCGCGUGUUGGUCGUGUGGGAGCAGGAGGUGGAGAAGGUGCUGGCGAGGGCGCUGGAGGUGAGUGAGCGGAUUUGCGCGCUGGUGGAGGGCGCGGGGAAGGAGGUGGACGACGACUCGCUGUCGUUUGCUUCUUCGGACUCCGCGGUGAGCUGGGAGAAGAAGGGUGGCAAGCCGUAUGAUGAGGGGACGGGCGGCGAGAAGGAUGUAGUUGACAUGAGCGAGAACGACUCGCUCUCCCGCCCGGCGGUGUUCACGAGCGCUAUCUUCGUCGCGCUGGGCGCGUUCCUCAUGUUCUGUCUGGUCUUUGGCUUCGGCAACCGCGCACUGAUGGAGCAGAUCGUGGACGACAACUUCUACCCGCGCCUUGGGCUCGUCCUCUCGCAGCCGGUGUUCUUCUGCCUGGGUCUCUUCUUCGUCAUCGUCGUCUUCAACAACUGUUUCCAGCUGUGCGGCCCCAUGACCUCGAUGACAAUGAACAGCCGCUUCUACUCGGCCGUCAAGCCGGACGUCGAGCACGCGCGCGCGUUGGGAUUCCGCCCGCCCCCAAUCACCAUCCAGAUGCCCAUCUACACGGAGUCACUGGAAGGCGUCAUCAAGCCCACCGUCACCUCGUUGCAGGCCGCCAUCUCGCACUACGAGUCCAUCGGCGGCACGGCCCGCAUCUUCAUCAACGACGACGGCAUGGCGCUGCGCUCCGAGGCCGACAACGCGCUCUUCGAGGCCUUCUACGCCAACAACCACAUCGGCUGGGUCGCGCGCCCGGGGCACAACUUCAACGGCUUCCAGCGCGCCGGCAAGUUCAAGAAGGCGUCCAACAUGAACUACGCGCUCAACGUGGCCACGCGCGUCGAAUUCGCGCUGCAGGACGCCCUGGGCGCGCUGUGCGAGAAGGGCACCGACACCACAGAAGAGCAGGCGGCGCAGCUCUACGACACCGCCCUCACCCACGUCCUCCGCAGCGACCCGCGCGCCAAAGCCGGCGGCAACAUCCGCACGGGCGCCGUCGUGCUGCUCGUCGACUCCGACACCCAGGUCCCGGCCGACUGCCUCCUGCACGGCGCGGCCGAGCUCUUCCUCGCGCCCGAAGUCGCCAUCAUCCAGCACAACACCAGCGUGCUGCAGGUCUCCUGGGACUGGUUCGAGAACGGCAUCACCUACCUAACCAACCUCGUCUACUCGUCCAUCCGCUUCGCUAUCGGCAGCGGCGAAACCGCGCCUUUCGUCGGCCACAACGCGUUCCUGCGCUGGCGCGCGGUCCAGGACGUCGCGCCCCCGCCCGACGCCGACGGGUACACGCGCUUCUGGUCCGAGCACAACGUCAGCGAGGACUUCGACAUGGCGCUGCGGCUGCAGAUACGCGGGUACAUCGUACGACUCGCGAGCUACCACGGCGGGGCGUUCAAGGAAGGCAUCUCACUCACCAUCUUCGCGGAGCUGGACCGCUGGGAGAAGUACGCGUACGGGUGCAGCGAGCUCGUGUUCCACCCGUUCCACGCGUGGCUGCGGCGCGGGCCCAUCACGCCGCUGUUCCGCGCCUUCCUGGCCUCGCAGCUGCAGCUCUCCAGCAAGCUGACGAUCGUGGGGUACGUGUCGUCGUACUACGCGCUGGCCUCUGCGGUGCCCCUCGGGACGCUGAACUACUUCCUCAUCGGGUGGAAGAACGGCCGCCUGGACCAGUUCUACGUCGAGUCGUGGAAGGUCUUCAUCGCGCUUCUCGCCGUGUUCAACGUACUCUCCAACAUCUGCCUGGCCGUGAUGCGGUACCGGCUGCGCGAACGCGCACUCCUCGCCUCACUACUCGAGAACUUCAAGUGGAUGCCGUUCUUCAUGGUCUUCUUCGGCGGGCUGCCCCUGCACCUGCUGUACGCCAUCAGCGCGCACAUGCUGGGCAUCGAGAUGACGUGGGGCAGCACCGCGAAAGAAAAGCAAAAAGACAGUUUCUGGACCGAGGCGCCGCGGAUCUGGCGCUGUUUUCGGGGCACGUUUGCGCUGAUGGGCGCGCUGGCUGCGGUUAUGGUGUAUUUGGGUGUGUUUGCGGAUGAGGGGCUAAGGAUCAGGGGCAUUACGAGUUGUGUGCCCAUGGCGGUGACGGUGGCGAUGCAUAUCCUGUUCCCGCUGGUGCUGAAUCCGGGGUUGAUGGUGUUUAAUUAUUAGGGGACGGAGGGUUAGAUAUCUAGAAACGCUGGAUCUAGCAGAAAUGAAGUCUUUCUGUUCAAGAUGCGAAGACCCCAUGGAUGGUGAUGCUGAGUGCGCUGAUGGGCGUGUGCGACGGCAACGUUUCCCGCGUGACCGAUGUACCGAAGGCGUUCCUGAACAGCGUCAGCGCGGGCGAGGAGCAAGAGCUGAAGCGCCAGCACGGCUGUAGAACGGGGGAAAGCGCGGAAGACG